AUGGCGCCACCCACUACCGAACAGCUAUUCCUUCAACUCCCGGAGUAUAGAGUCAUUGUUGGCCGCAAGUGUCAACAUGCGAUCCAGCCUACUAAGAUCGUGACCCAUCUCCGGCAUCCGAACCACCGUAUCCCCACUCUGGAUGCACAGUAUAUUCAGUAUACCGUAUCCACGUGGCAGGGCUUCGUGCAGGAGCCGCAGGGGCUCAUCUUCCCCCACUCCGUCAUAUACCCGAUCCCUGGCUUAGCUGUCUACACCGACGGCCUAUCGUGUACGGUUCUUGAGAACUGUGACUAUGUCUGCCGUAGUAUCGACAGUAUACGUAAGCAUAUCAAGGUAGAACAUAACCUAGGGCUCAACCCACAUGGCCGGCCACCCCAAUGUGAGCUUCCUAUCCUCCACGAGCUCCAGGCAGAGUGUAUGCAACGUGUGACAUACCAGCGGUUGUUCCUAUCCCGCAAGGGCUCCUAUUACAUCUACGUUCGUCAGCCACCGGACAAUCAAUAG